AUGCAUUUUGGAGGAAGGAGGGGGGACAGUUUUCACAGUCGCCGUGGUAUUUGCACUUAUGAACACCCCCUGAGAUUGGAAAGAGGUUUCCGAGGCUGGGCAGCUGAGAAGUUGGCAGAGUCGCCUACCGGCGGGGUUCUGGGCACUGUCCUUGGUGCUGAAAUCAGGUGCCAAUGCCGAGGCUCGUCGCUCUGGGUCCUAGAAGCUAUUGAGAUAAGAAUGCUGGCUGGAGUCAAGGAUUGCGGUGCUCCCAAGGAAAUGAAUAAACAGCCAGCCAACAGCCUGGAGGCAGCCGUGGCGCCCGGCCACCACGAUGGCUCGUGCGCGCCCAGGACGAGCCCGGAGCAGGAGCUCCCUGCGGCCUCCGCCGCGCUGCAGCCACACGUGCCCAGGUCCGCUUCCACCGGCGCCCAAACUUUCCAGUCCUCUGACGCGCGAGUCUGUGAGGCCGAGCGCCAGGGAUUGGGGGCUUGCAAACUCAGUAGCCCGCGGCCGCCAACGGCCUCGGCAGCUCUGCGGGAUUUGAAUGAGACUCGUGGCUCUCAGGCUGCCCUUCCCGGGGGCGCCGGGCCCCGCAACGCGCUGCAUUGUAAGAUCCCGGCCCUGCGCGGCCCGGAGGAGGAUGCGAACGUGAGUGUGGGCAAGGGCACCCUGGAACGGAACAAUACCCAGGCCGUGGGCUGGGUGAAUAUGAGCCAGAGCGCCGUGGUGCUGGGCACGGAUGGAAUCACGUCUGUGCUACCUGGCAGCGUGGCCACCGCUGCCGCCCAGGAGGACGAGCAAGGGGAUGAGAAUAAGGCCCGAGGGAACUGGUCCAGCAAACUGGACUUCAUCCUGUCCAUGGUGGGAUAUGCGGUGGGGCUGGGCAAUGUCUGGAGGUUUCCCUACCUGGCCUUCCAGAACGGGGGAGGUGCUUUCCUCAUCCCCUACCUGAUGAUGCUGGCUCUGGCUGGGUUGCCCAUCUUCUUCCUAGAGGUGUCACUGGGCCAGUUCGCCAGCCAGGGGCCAGUGUCUGUGUGGAAGGCCAUCCCAGCCCUGCAAGGCUGCGGCAUCGCGAUGCUGAUCAUCUCCGUCCUAAUAGCCAUAUACUACAAUGUGAUUAUUUGCUACACACUUUUCUACCUGUUUGCCUCCUUUGUGUCUGUGCUGCCCUGGGGCUCCUGCAACAACCCUUGGAACACGCCAGAAUGCAAAGAUAAAACCAAACUUUUAUUAGAUUCCUGUGUCAUCAGCGAUCAUCCCAGAAUACAGAUCAAGAACUCGACCUUCUGUAUGAGCGCCUACCCCAACCUGACACUGGUCAACUUCACCAGCCAGGCCAAUAAGACGUUUGUCAGUGGGAGUGAGGAGUAUUUCAAGUACUUCGUGCUGAAGAUCUCUGCAGGGAUCGAAUAUCCUGGGGAGAUCAGGUGGCCACUAGCCUUCUGUCUCUUCCUGGCCUGGGUAAUCGUGUAUGCAUCUCUGGCAAAAGGAAUCAAGACUUCAGGAAAAGUGGUGUACUUCACGGCCACGUUCCCGUACGUCGUGCUCGUGAUCCUCCUCAUCCGCGGGGUCACCCUGCCCGGGGCCGGCGCUGGCAUUUGGUACUUCAUCACGCCCAAGUGGGAGAAGCUCACGGAUGCCACGGUGUGGAAAGAUGCUGCCACUCAGAUUUUCUUCUCUUUAUCUGCCGCGUGGGGGGGCCUGAUCACUCUCUCUUCCUACAACAAGUUCCACAACAACUGCUACAGGGACACUCUAAUCGUCACUUGCACCAACAGUGCCACGAGCAUCUUUGCCGGCUUUGUCAUCUUCUCGGUUAUUGGCUUCAUGGCCAACGAACGCAAGGUCAACAUUGAGAACGUGGCGGACCAAGGGCCAGGCAUUGCGUUUGUGGUUUACCCCGAAGCCUUAACCAGGCUGCCCCUCUCUCCGUUCUGGGCCAUCAUCUUUUUCCUGAUGCUCCUCACUCUUGGACUUGACACUAUGUUUGCCACCAUCGAAACCAUAGUGACCUCCAUCUCGGACGAGUUCCCCAAGUACCUGCGCACACACAAGCCGGUCUUCACUCUGGGCUGCUGCGUUUGUUUCUUCAUCAUGGGCUUCCCAAUGAUCACUCAGGGUGGAAUUUACAUGUUUCAGCUGGUGGACACCUACGCUGCCUCCUAUGCCCUCGUCAUCAUUGCCAUCUUUGAGCUCGUGGGGAUCUCCUACGUGUACGGCUUGCAACGGUUCUGCGAAGAUAUAGAGAUGAUGAUUGGCUUUCAGCCAAACAUCUUCUGGAAGGUCUGCUGGGCGUUUGUCACACCGACCAUUUUAACUUUCAUCCUCUGCUUCAGCUUCUACCAGUGGGAGCCCAUGACCUACGGCUCUUACCGCUACCCUCCCUGGUCCAUGGUGCUCGGAUGGCUGAUGCUCGCCUGCUCCGUUAUCUGGAUCCCGAUUAUGUUUGUGAUAAAAAUGCAUCUGGCUCCUGGCCGAUUUAUUGAGAGGCUAAAGUUGGUGUGUUCGCCGCAGCCGGACUGGGGCCCGUUCUUAGCUCAGCACCGUGGGGAGCGGUACAAGAACAUGAUCGACCCCCUGGGAACCUCGUCCCUGGGACUCAAACUGCCAGUGAAGGAUUUGGAACUGGGCACCCAGUGCUAGUCUGAGGGCCUGGGACGGCCCAGACUCGAUCCCCUUUCUCCGCCCUGCCUCGCCCUAAUGUUUUCCCCAGCUUUCUUCCCGUUUUUCUUCUUUCUCCCCACAUCUGGGUUCAUAUCUGUGCAUGAGAGUGGUAACGUAGGACAUAGCGUCGCAUGCUGUAGUGAAGAGCUAGACAGACCACCUGAAGCGCUGAGCGCUCUUUGCCUGCGUCCACGGUGUCCGUUUCCAGUAGGGUUGGUCCCCCGAGCACGCGCUUUACCCCACGGGAGCGGAUCAACUAGGGGAGGGCUUUCCAGGGACGUCACAGUGCGCACGCGCGAUUUGGCUCCACAGAAACGUCCCCUGUGUGUUGUCCCGGGCGGUGCCCGCGAGGCACGUACUGAUGGGCAGAAUCACAGGACCGUUCAUUUGGACUCCGCAGUGUCGUGGAGCUGAGCUGAGCAGCGUAGUGCUCGCGUUCAGACACUGAAAGAUCAGGGCAGGGUCCACCUGGAGGGUCAGCGGUGGUCAGGAAAUGUUUCAGAGUAAGGCUUGGGCACCGCCGAGAUGACUCACCCCUGGGAACAUUUUGUUCCUUCGGACCAGCUGUCUCCGGUGGGCCCAGGACGCUCAGAUACUAGGUCCUGAGCACUGUGGGUCUUGGCGAAGGGUCGGUUCUCUUCCCGCAGUCGUCUCUAAACAAAAAUCACCAUAUUUGUGAGUUCUUUGGGUCAUUUCCUCCACCUCCGCAUGAGAGGCCAUCCUAUAAUUUGUGCCUAGUUUGUUGUGCAUUCCCAAUGGAGCUCCAUUCCAGCCUCCCAUCUGAGCGCUAACCAGGCCUAACCCCGCUCAGCUUCCCAGAUCAGACGGCACCGGGUGCAUCCUGGGUGGUGUGGCCGCAGACUCCAUUCCAGUUUCUACAUGAUGGUUAGCACCGUGGUUCAAUGUCACGACCCCGUAUUUCUUCUUUUCUAAAUGUCUUUCUAUAGCCUGUAGAUACCUUGCCUUCCAACCUCUGGGAAAAUGAGACUUACCCUGGUUCUGUCUCUGUGUUAUAUAUGUAAGACACACACUCUUAAAAGACAGAGAACUUCUUAAUUUUUACUCUUCACUUUUUCAUUUAUAGUCAGUGCUGCUUGCGGUCAUAGAGAAAUCAAGCAAAUGGAAAGUUUAGUAGAAAAUAACCAUAAUAUAAACUGUGCUGAUAGUGCAUUUUAGGUCACGGUAUUUACAGAAAUUUCUGAUAAAUACAGCUUAGGUAAGUAAUGAGUGAGCCAAUUAAGAUGAUAGCUUUUAAGUCUACAGUUAGCUAAUUCAGUGUUAAGGGUUCCCAAUUCCCAGCACUCAGAACUGCACUCCAACGAGAGCAAAUGACGAGUCUGCAGAGGUCGGCGAAGCCGUGAUCGGUGCUACCUCCUGGUAUCCCGAACAUGCACAGAUGAAAUUCUUCACAUGUGACCUAUGUUCAGGUCACGUGUGCCAUGAUGGUGUUUUCUGUCCGUAUAAAUAGCUAAUGAAUCGCAGCAGAGAGGGCGAGGCUAGAGUCGCGUGGUCUGGGUUUCUGUUUUCUUGUGGGAAUACUAUCUAAACUUCAAAUGGCUGCCUUUAGGGGAGACCCUUUGAAUAAUUUUCUUUUUCUUUUUUUUCCAAUCAUUUUCUUAUUUGUCUUCAUAUUACAAGGGUCUCAGGCAAAGUUUCCAGUUCAAAUCUUGUAUAUUGAUGUGACAUUUUCGCCCCGUUCAGCAGCAAUGAAACCCAACAACAGACCUGAAUGUCACAUUUGUUUAAAAAUGACUUCAUUUGUUAAAAAAAAAGUCUCCACUCAUUUUACUGAGCUUUCCCUUUUCUAGGGCAAAUAUCAUUGCCAUUUGCCAACACCAACGUAAACUUGCAGUUUUCAAGAGCGGCCUGUGAACACGUUUAGAAAAGGAAACGGAGAUGGGUGUGAACUUCCUGUUUUCAUCCCCUCUGCCCGCAGUGCGUGUCGGUUCUUCCCUCUCCUUGGUCGCUUCUUCUGUCUUGCUCCCAAAGCUAGAACGUACUAGAAUCCACCACAGGAACUAAACCCUGAGCAUCCCCUAGACUUACCUGUAGGAAGCUGAGCUGUGGCCUCACCUGCCCCUGCGUCUCCCACGGUGACCUGUCUGCCAUUAACACACAUUCCCAUGAGAAAGCCAUAUUGCUGAGAGGCCCGCAUCAAGCGGUUAAUUUCGUGUAGUGGCACCCAAAGUGAGCCUCUGCCAUGCACACCCGGGGCAAUGGGAGAGGCGGGGGAGUAAGUCAGGCUUGAAAACGGCCUGCAGCCUUUGCAACUCGAAGGCUGGUGACAAGAGCUGAAAUGCAUUGGCAUUCUUCACGUGACCUCUGUGUUUGUGCCAGGACAAACGGCUUUUGGAUUUUCUUUUUCGCUUCCUGGCUAAAGCUUGAGUCUGGUGCUGGAUGCCAACCCUGUUUCUGCUAAUUAUUGCUGCUGUGAUUAAAAGAAGGGGGGAAAUCCCAUGGAUGUUGCCAGAUUUUUUUUGUACAAACUGAAAGUUAACUUCACGGUGAGAACAGGGAUCUCCUCACCAGCUAGUGAGUUUCACAGCUGGGAACAGCUGCACUGGUGUGAAUUGCAAUUUGCCCAGGUAAGACCCAGCUACUGGUCCUCAAGCAGCUGCAUUUUUUUCUUUCCCCUACACUUUUCAAGCUUUAUAUACAUUUUCCUUAAAGGUGAGAGGUUCUGAACCUAUCUGGAAACAGUUACCUUGUAAGUUUAGUUUAGCCCAUUUCUAUAAUGAUAUUUAGCGUGGCUGGGACCUUAGGGGCUGUGAGAUGCAUGUGACCAGACGGAUGUUCCAUGCUGUGUGGAAUGAAUGGAUACGAAGAAAAUGAACAGCAUUGUCAUGAACUGCCACUGAGAGUUCCCCUGAAAACUGCGGAAAACCUGAGUUGCUGAGGAAAGACUUUCAUUGGUCCACCAUGCAGAACGUGGGGUAUUUUCCACUUGUGAGAUUGUUUCCUAACACCAACAAAUGCCAGAAGCCCAUCUGAGUUAAAAAAAAAAAGCCAUAUGUUAAAAACAGUAACCCUGUAAUAUCCUUAAAGGAGAAAACAAUGUAUAUUUCUUAACUAUUGGUGUUGUGGCUUCUUAUGCAAAUCUUUGUCUUGGUGUAUUAGUAACUUAAUCUUUAGGGCUCUGUGUUUGUCAUGUAUCAAUGUGUCUAAUCUGGUCUCUUUUUCUUUCCCUUUAUAUUUAUUUACUGCAUGAAAUCUGUGGUCAAGGCAAAUCGGUGACCUCAACGUCUUUGAAAUUUCCAAUGUGUUUUUAAUAUGUAAGGAAUGCCAUCAACUUGUGUUUCGGUGAGCAGCACUUUAAAAAGACAUUUCACACCAUGGCUGUUAAAUGGAUGUGAGACUUGGGUUGUCUUUAUGCUGAUGUCACUUUGGGGUGCAGUUUUCCCUGAAGUUCUUAUUCUGUGAUCUACAUGUGCCUGAGUGCUCCCUGACAGCCUUCUCCUGUCAGCAUGGUUUUCCCAUGCCUAGAAUUAUGGUUUUUCUUUCCCGUGUAUCCCCUUGGCCACCGGUCACCAUCCUCUCCUCAGAGACUUGCACAAGAACUGUUGUGUAAUGUGUGCGUGAUGGCAAGAUCACACCGCUGCUGUCACACCUGGGUCUGGGUUUGUGACACACUGCUUUAAGGCAAAUGACUCGAGUGAGGGCAUGCUGUGUGGCAGGUUGUCUCGCAGGGGGAAAAAAAAGUUCAGGGUCAGUGAAUGAGAGUCUUUCUCCUGUUUCAUGCCGGGUAAUCAUGCAGAUAACUUCCAGGCCGGGAGCAAAGUGUAAGGUGAUUUAAUCCUGGUCCUAACUUCUCCCCAAAGUGACCCCAGACUUUGUAAAAGUGAGGCUUCCUGUCUUUCCCAAAUUUUGCUUCAGCUGGACAGAAAGACUGAGUCGUUCUGAACUGUGGUCUCUGCUCGGCCAGCCCGGAGCAGCCUGCAGCCAAAGAGAAAGCAUGUUCAGAUGGGGCGCCGCUCGCCUCAGAAGAGCGAGCAGCGGUUUGAUCUGCCUGCCGGAUUAAAUACAUCUUCAGGUAACCACUUGCCUUAUAGGUGUAUUUUACUGUUAGGAUGACACUUAGUAAUUGACUAGGAACUACUGUGUCUCAUUUUUUGGUCUUUUUUUGCACUUUAUUAUGGACCUAUCGUGGGGUAGGUUUAUUCUUGAAUUGAGUCCUUGGCGAAUGUCCUAAGUGUAGGCAUCUCAUGUGGCCGGUUGCCUAUGGAUAAAGAUAUGUUCCCUAACCAGGUCCUUAUAUUUUUUCAUUAACUGUACAUGGAGAAAAUAUAUUAUGUUACAAUGAUGCAUCAUAGAUAUAUAUCUUAGAGAGUACAUAUUAGAUACUGUAUAUUAUUCAUUUAAGAGGUCAUUAUUCUUG